GGGUGGCAUUGCGUCCCCCCUUCUCUACCGACACCCAUUUUGCACCCAACGGCCCUACCAUGGCCCGCUCGUGCCGUCAGUCGAGUCCAGAGGACUCCGCGAUUCGCACUUCGACCUUGACGAGUUUUCCUUACCAACGAAACGUCAUCGAUUCUUACGCGAUCUUUCGAUUGUUGUCCUUUUGCUUUUAGAAAAAUCUGCGAUCACAUUUUUCAGAGAAUAUGAUUCGUAACGCAAGAACAACGAUUGACGCGUCAUAAAAAGUUACAUUAGUUAUAACUUUGCUAUUGUUGUUUGUGGCAAAUUUAUUGAAUAAUACGAACGGUGAUGUUGACAAGUUGUUAAAAAAAAAAAAAAAAUGCGCAGACAUUUUUGUCAACGUACAAUCCGAUGAGUGUGAAGAUAUACCACGAACAUCCGAGUUAUUAAUACCCGACAAUCUUAACGUAUCGCACAUACUUAAACGAUUUACACAAAGACAGAAAGAAGCUUCUUGCGGGGCUGCAUCUCUUAAGGUAAUCUGAUAUUGAGUAAACAGCGUACGCGUAAAGUGCACCGUUCCAACGCCAUAUUGACAGGCGAGCACGUGAGAUCUCUUCCACUUCCCCAUCUCCAUCGCAAGGCACUUCGGAGGGUGCCAUCGGAGCACUUUGGCUGCAGGUUUCGCAUAAGCAAACCAGAAUAACCUAGCGCGACGUCAAACCUGAACUGUACGCAUUUAGCCGUAGCAAGAUCAACUUUAAGGAAUACGUCUGAUAAAAUCCCAUCCCACAGUUAUCCGCCGCAGACGACAGAUAUACGGCGAAUCCGCAAUCUGCGUAUCUCUCUCAUGUUCAGAAAUGCCAAUUAAAUUUAACUGCACCCGUAAAUUUCCUUUUACUUGGAGAUUUCAAACGUUCUGCAAUUUCAAACGUGCCAGACUAUAUUUUUUUAAUUAUCGGAGUUACAGUUAAUUCGUUGGCAAGUUCUGUUCAACAAAUAGUCGUCGAGUAAUCGUUGUAAGCGGCCUGCAACUAAGAUAAAACUUGGUACUCAGACUGUUGGCACAUGAUUCGAGCUGUGGCCUUGAAGAAUUGCGCGACGUAGAACUUGAAGUUCCGGCUAAAGUAUAAAAGUUGUGCGAAACUCUACGAGUGUUGUUGAGAAUUGGACAGACACAUACACGUCAAAUGUGAGUCGUACGAAGGGAAAUGGUCUGUGACACGCGUGCCCUUAAUUUAAUUCGGAUCGCGAAAUAAAUAACAAUGACGUUGAUUCGCUUGGUUUCGUGAACAAGUGGCAGUGUCAAUUUUCUUUCAGAUCAACUUGCUCUCUUGAACAUUUCUCGAAGAGACCACUUGAAUAUUAUAUAUUCCGAUCUGACUUUAAACCAAUUAUAUUUCUUCGUACGAUAAAUUUAUAACGUUUAUUAACUUAAACGAUGAUUUCGUGCAAGGGUUGAGAACUACACGAAAAUUUCAAGGUGACGAUUUAUCCCUGUGUAACUGCGACUCCGACAAGGAGUGACCAUCGAGGUACAUGAAAGAAGGACAUGAACUACUCGCAAGGGAAGGGACGGCUUUAUCCGGCCUACAGUCUAAGUGGCAGCGAGGGUGAGGAUAAUACCUCCAGUUUGCGUAGUCGCGCCUAUCCGCAAAAUAAUCAUCAAGCCAACCAGUCUCACCAUAAUCAUUACAAUACAAGUCAACACAAGCAGCGUGCCUAUCAACAGCAACAACAACAUCCCCUGUAUCAUAUGCCCGGCAGUGGUGCCGGCCUCAGCGAUACACCAACUUCCGGUAACGCAUCUGACGAAACUCUCACUGAUAGUGAUCUUAUCACUGUUGCUCGUGAUUCCGCGCUGCUCGUCCAUAACGGGUGUUUGUUGGACAGUUCGGCACCACGGGGCCCACCUGAUGUGCCACCCCGUAACCCCGCAAUGAGCCGGCUCAACGGAAGACUGCCAGGAAGUCACGCAGCGAGCGAUCACGAACGCGAUCCUGAUCUCGAGCCAUCCUGUCUCGUACGCACCCCAUCCGGUAACUUCUACAAUAUACCAAAGAUACCGAAGAAUGAAUACAACAACAAGAAUCAGUCCACGGGGAACAGUCCAAUAAAGGUGGAGCUGCAGAACAACAUGGACAGAGUACCUUUACCUUACGGGCACGCCCCGUCGAUGAUCCCGAUGAGGAGACAAAGCAUCCGCUGUCAUUUCCGCAAGGGAAUCGAUUGGUGCAGCUGGAAACUAAUUGCUAUAGUAGCAAUUAUGCUCUCGCUCUGCUUGACCGCGGCAUUAGCCUACAUGGCAGCUUCGAAUUUAGUGAACUGGUCGUACCAAGGGACGAAGGCAUGCUCGGUCGUGGUGGGUGAGAACGCCAAGCCGCCGUCGAGCGAAACGAACAAGACCUCCACGCCGUCUACGUCGACGUCGCAAACGAGCGGCAAGACGCGGCAGACAGGAGGAGGUAAUGUUUUCAUGUUGGAUAGCAUGUUGCUAGAUGAUGUCGUAUACAGUCGCAAGCGUAGAGACACAUUUAACGAGCAUGCGUUGCACCAAACUGUCGCGCCACCACUCUCUCGUGAUCCCGAGGAGCUGUCCUUGACCUCGAUCGUUGUCGCCGAGGCGGAAACCUCGGGGUCCGGGCAGCGGUCAGUCCCAUUGCAUGAGGAGGAGUCUUCUGGUAAGGUUGUGCAUGAUCCGGAGCAUGUGGACGGUCAAAGUUCGGUGAGAGGUAUCAUCGGCCGCUCGACCGAAGCUGCCGAGGACGCCGCGGUACAGCUUGUCGUGAAUGUAUCUUCUACCGCUACUAACUACUCGCACGAUCGUUCGACUCAUACCACUGUCGCUGUCGACCAUCUCGCCUCUUCAUCCUCUGUCUCUGUCGGCUCUGGCAAUUCUCUCGCGUCAGUUUCCAUUCGCCAAUCGCCCCGUAACGAGACGUCCAGCGCGACCUCGCGAUCGCCGCAAAGCACUUCCGCGAAGUUCACCUCCAAGUCCCCGGCUCCGGACAACAUCGUCGUCGCCGAGACGUUGCAUCGAGAGGCGCACGUUGCCUCGAAAGCUUCGAUAGCGAAACUCAGCCGCGAUGACGCCGCGGAUUUCGACCGCGAUACCGAUAACGCCGGCACGUCCGAAAGUUCGGACAUUGCCGAAAGCAGCAACGGCAUCGGGACUACGAUGUCUGCAUCCGGCGCAAAGUCCACGAAACUUGGCGCAGAUAGCACCGACUACAGCCAAGCAGUCGGCGCAACUACGGAAAAUGGUAGUAACGUUUUCCCCGUCGAUUACAGCGAUAAUAUAGACUAUAGUACCGUAGAACCGACGACUGUAACAGAGAUACGCUCGAACGAAUUAACGAAGGAUCAACGAUCGAACGUAAGUAAUUCUGAUUCAAGAGAAGAGCUCGUUCCCGUAGAAAUGGAGCAGGAAGAAGUAGAUGCUAGUAUAGUUUUGCCUGGCAUUUCGUCUAGUAUAGCUAAUGAAACGAUGGUGAAUACUCCGCCGAAAAUGGAUGACAACGUUGACAAACCUGUGGAAGAUGUAGUCAAGGUUACGAUAAAUACGAGGGAGACGAUAAAUGUGACCGCGGAAUCGGUACAAUCCCAGACGUUUGACAUCGUGAAAGAAACGCAGGAGCUCUCCAGAGAAUAUGCGUCCUUCGAAUCUGAGGCCGCGUCCAAUUUGGCUAAAAUUUCCGAACAGUCCGAGGAACUGCAACGAGAUUAUCCUGAGUCGAUUUACAGUUACGGGCAGGACGAGGUGGAGAUCGUCAAUCUUCAGCACAAGGAGCAACCUAGCGAAACCGCGAAAGCGGAACGUCCCAUUGAGUCAUCCGAGUCCAUGAGUUUUGACAACGACGUAAAGUUGGACGCCGCUUUCCGAAACGAACGGAAAAAAGACAAUUUACGGGUUAUCGUGAGAGAAGAAAAGAACGACAAGGAAUUUCUUAACAAGUUCAAAGAACAGUUCCACGAGGCGUCUACCGAUGCUGACGAAUCUGAAAAUCCCCCAUCGAUCAAUACCAAUUAUAACUCUCCUUCAAAGAACACCUUGCAUGAAACGUUGCAUGAUUCAUCGGGCGACACAUCACCCAAGUUCCCUUCUCGAUCCGACCUUCCGAUGACCCAACGGGUGCAAAUCGUAGAAGUGCCCGUUUACCGCGACAGUCAUUCGCAGCCGCCGCCUUCAUCUUCUUCAUUCUCGUCAUCGCAUCGAGUGCUCAUAAAUGUAACGAUCGCCACCGAGGACUCAUCCGUCGUUUCCUCGAGGCCGCUGUACGUCCUGUCGGUAUCGGUGCCGACGGAAAGCGGCGCGAUUAGCCAUUCAUCCGAGAUUAACGUCGAUCAGGCGCAGGUGCGCACGGCUGAGCGACUAUCGGAGCCGUCUGCAGCAAGCAUGAAAAGAAUCCCUGCUAACGACGAUGAGUCGAUUGACGUGGUCGAUACGCGAUUACCGCCACCGCCGCAGCCACCUGCCUCGCCACCGGCGCCGAUCUGGGCCGGCGGCGAGUGCGAGUGCUCCUGCCCUUGUAUGGGCUCAUCCUCUGACGAGUGGGACAACUUUUCAGAAAUCGACGAUGAUCUCGAGCAGGAGCUUGAGAACGUUAACUCCACUCUAUUAGCCGAGAAUUUCCCCGAGGAGCCAGAGGAAAAACAAACGGAUAAAAAGGACGAAGAAUUCGAAUUAUUCGCGAAAGAUUCGAUAAGGCAACCUGACGCAACCUCCACCACUGAAGACUAUUAUUCUUCGUCGACAGACGACACCGUGGAGAGUGGCGGAUCAAUCAACGUGACCUCCGCAUCGACUUACGAACCGGAAGUAAGCACUGAUAUGUGCUCUUGUUCCGGUAGCACUCCGCUACCUCCAGAGCCUAUUAUAUUGAUUCUCGAAGGUGGGCGAACCUUUCCUGCGAGUUCCUUCCCGCCUGACGGAACGACCUUCGCUCAGGUCGGUUUAGGGCAGAAGCUCAGCAAGGAAAUAUCGCCGUACGGCUACUGGAACAUGCAGUUUUAUCAAUCGGAGGCCGCCUACGUUCGCUUCGACUAUAGCAUCCCGCGUGGCGCGAGCAUCGGCGUGUACGCGAGAAGGAACGCGCUGCCCACGCACACGCAGUACGAUCUACUGGAAGUUCUCAGCGGUUUCAAGGCUCGGACCACCAGGGCGUCCCAUGUUAGUGUUAUUCCUUCGAUGAAGAAAGAGGUGACCCAGUACAUGGAACCGGGACAUUGGUUCCUUUCGCUUUAUAACGACGACGGAGAUCCUCACGAAGUUUCAUUCAUCGCCGUGAUCGCCGAGGAUAUGACGCAUAAUUGUCCGAACGGUUGUAGCGGCAAGGGCGAGUGUCUUCUAGGUCAUUGUCAGUGCAAUCCUGGUUUCGGUGGCGAAGACUGCAGCGAGAGCGUUUGCCCCGUUCUCUGCAGUCAAAGAGGCGAGUACAUAAACGGUGAGUGCCAAUGCAAUCCCGGCUGGAAGGGCAAGGAGUGCUCCUUGCGACACGACGAGUGCGAAGUGCCCGACUGCAACGGCCACGGUCAUUGUACCAACGGCAAGUGCAACUGUGUACGGGGCUACAAGGGAAAGUAUUGUGAAGAGGUCGACUGUCCGCAUCCGACUUGCUCGGGCCACGGUUUCUGCGCCGAGGGUACGUGCAUCUGUAAAAAGGGUUGGAAAGGAGCCGAUUGCAGUCAAAUGGAUAAAGAGGCACUGCAGUGUUUGCCGGACUGUAGCGGCCAUGGAAACUUCGAUCUGGAGACCCAGACUUGCCUCUGCGAACCCAUGUGGUCCGGUGAUGAUUGCUCGAAAGAACUAUGCGAUCUUGAUUGCGGCCCUCACGGGCACUGCGUGGACAACGCCUGCGACUGCUUGCCAGGUUGGUCCGGCGAGCUGUGCAAUCUGAAGCAAUGCGAUCCCCGUUGCAACGAGCACGGACAAUGCAAGAAUGGCACGUGUCUAUGCGUCACCGGAUGGAACGGAAAACACUGUACGAUGGAGGGCUGUCCAAAUUCCUGUUCCGGUCAUGGACAGUGCAGGGUGUCGAGCGAUGCACAGUGGGAAUGUCAGUGUUAUAACGGCUGGGAUGGCAAGGAUUGCAGCGUGCUGCUAGAACAGACUUGCAACGACGGGCGAGACAACGAUAAAGAUGGUCUCAUUGAUUGCGCCGAUCCGGAGUGUUGCUCCAAUCACAUAUGCCGUACCAGCCAGCUGUGCGUUUCAGCUCCUAAACCAAUCGAUAUAUUACUACGGAAACAACCGCCUGCCAUCACCGCAUCCUUCUUUGAGAGAAUGAAGUUCCUAAUCGACGAGGGCAGUCUGCAGAACUACGCUCGUCAGGAGACCUUCAACGAGAGUAUGUUCUGGAAUCACUUCAACACAAGCCGAUCGGCCGUCAUACGUGGUCGCGUUGUCACACACCUCGGCACGGGAUUGAUGGGAGUGCGGGUCAGCACCAGUACGCCACUGGAAGGCUUUACCCUCACGCGAGACGACGGUUGGUUUGAUCUUCUGGUAAACGGCGGCGGUGCUGUAACUUUGCAAUUCGGCAGGUCACCCUUCAAGCCGCAGAGUCAUAUCGUCUUCGUGCCUUGGAACGAGGUCGUAAUCAUCGAUAAGAUCAUUAUGAGCACUGCCGAGGAGAAGCCACCCAUACAUGUUCCGCAUGCAUGCGCGGCUCACGAUUAUGAUCUUAUGAAGCCGGUCGUUUUGGCGACCUGGAAACACGGUUUCCAGGGUGCCUGUCCGGACAAGAGUGCCAUUUUAGCAGAGUCACAAGUCAUACAGGAGAGCUUACAAAUACCCGGAACAGGCUUGAAUCUAGUGUAUCACAGUUCCCGUGCGGCCGGUUAUCUUUCCACCAUACAACUGCAGUUGACCCCUGAAGUCAUCCCGCCGACAUUGAAUCUGAUACACUUGAGAAUCACGAUCGAGGGUAUACUCUUUGAGAAAAUCUUCGAGGCCGAUCCCGUGAUCAAGUUCACUUACGCCUGGAACCGCCUGAACGUUUAUCGUCAACGCGUCUAUGGGGUGACGACCGCCAUGGUAAAGGUCGGAUACGAAUACAGCGACUGCAAGGACAUCAUUUGGGACGUGCAGACGACAAAACUGAGCGGUCACGACAUGUCCAUUUCGGAGGUCGGAGGUUGGAAUCUGGAUAUUCAUCACAGGUAUAACUUCCACGAAGGUAUUUUGCAAAAAGGCGAUGGCUCGAACAUUUAUCUGAAGCACAAGCCAAGAGUCAUCCUCACUACAAUGGGAGACGGUCAUCAAAGACCGCUGGAUUGUUACGACUGCGACGGACAAGCUUCGAAACAACGUCUCUUAGCGCCCGUCGCUCUUGCCACUGCCGCAGACGGCUCCAUUUUUGUUGGUGAUUUUAAUCUAGUCAGGAAGAUCCUCGUCGAUGGAACAGUUAGAACUGUGGUCAGAUUAAACGCAACCAGGGUAUCAUAUCGUUAUCACAUCGCUCUGAGUCCUCUGGACGGCAUUCUCUACAUAUCGGAUCCAGAAUCCCAUCAGAUCAUCCGUGUUCGCGAUACCAAUGACUAUACGGAUCCCGAUCAUAACUGGGAGACGGUAGUUGGCUCCGGGGAACGUUGUCUUCCUGGCGACGAAGCUCACUGCGGUGACGGCGCUCUCGCGCGAGACGCUAAACUCGCUUAUCCCAAGGGAGUCGCCGUUUCGGCAGACAAUGUCUUGUACUUCGCUGACGGCACGAACAUCCGAAUGGUCGAUAGAGAUGGCAUCAUUACCACUGUGAUCGGCAAUCAUAUGCACAAAUCUCAUUGGAAGCCGAUACCCUGCGAAGGCACAUUGAACGUCGAGGAAGUCCAUCUUCGUUGGCCAACCGAAUUGGCGAUCAAUCCUUUGGACAACUCGCUGCACAUGAUUGAUGAUCACAUGGUUCUUCAGCUGGCGCCGGACGGUCGCGUCAAAGUCGUCGCUGGUCGUCCACUUCACUGCGCUUCCCCAUCAGCUUCGUUCGACACGGAACUCGCAACUCACGCCACCCUCGUGAUGCCGCAGAGUAUCGCUUUCGGUCCAUCGGGCGAUCUCUAUAUCGCCGAGAGCGAUUCGCAGAGGAUUAACCGCGUUCGCGUAAUCGGCACCGAUGGCAAGAUAUCACCCUAUGCCGGCGCCGAAUCCAAGUGCAACUGCCUGGAACGCGGCUGCGACUGCUUCGAAGCCGAUCACUAUUUGGCGUCCACCUCUAAAUUCAACACCAUAUCCGCGGUGGCAGUUUCCCCCGAUGGAGUGGUACACAUCGGCGAUCAGGCCAAUUACCGAAUCCGCUCGGUAACAGCAAGCAUUCCCGAUGCGAGCGGCGCACGAGAAUACGAGAUCUAUGCGCCCGACACACAGGAGAUCUACGUGUUCAACCGAUUUGGUCAACAUAUUGCCACGAAGAACAUUCUGACCGGCGAGACCGUGUAUCUUUUUACUUACAAUGUCAACACCAGCAACGGUAAGCUCAGCACAGUGACGGAUGCAGCUGGCAACAAGGUCUUCUUGCUCAGAGAUUAUAGCAGUCAGGUAAAUUCUAUUGAGAACACGAAGGGACAAAAAUGCAGACUGAGAAUGUCUAGGAUGAAGAUGCUGCAUGAGUUGAGCACACCUGACGAUUACAACGUCACCUUCGACUAUCAUGGACCUACAGGUUUACUGAAGACGAAGCUUGACAGUACCGGACGUAGCUACGUCUAUAAUUAUGAUGAGUUUGGUAGACUGACUAGCGCGGUGACUCCUACAGGCAAAGUAAUCAGCUUAACGUUCGAUCUCAGUCUGAAAGGUGCCGUAGUGAAAGUUGGACAGAACAACAGGAAACCCAUCUCGAUGCUAAUUAAAGGAUCAUCCGUUGUCACGAAAAUUGGUGAAGCCGAACAAAGGACAACAGUCCUCGCAGAUGGUUCAGUCGGAAGAGUGACACCAUGGGCUCAUACUAUAAACACCGAUUCGAUGCCAUAUUCGAUACUAGCAGAGAUCGAACCUUUGCUGGGCGAGAGUUAUCCCGUACCAGCUAAACAGAGAACGGAGAUCGCUGGCGAUUUGGCUAAUCGCUUCGAAUGGCGAUACUUCCUCCGAAAAGUCCAAGGCAAUAAAAAUCGUGGCAAUACGAAGGCGAUCGCUCAAGUCGGUAGGAAACUCCGUGUCAAUGGGGAGAUCCUGUUUUCUCUUGAAUAUGAUAGAGAAACGAAUACUGUGGCAGUGUUCAUGGACGAUCGAGUAGAACUGUUGAACGUCACGUAUGACAGAACAGCUAGGCCAGUCAAGUGGGGACCCAGAAACGGUAUCUUCGCCGGCGUCGAGUUGGAAUAUGAUCGAUUCAGCAGACUGACAAGCUGGACAUGGGGUGACAUUAGCGAAACCUAUGGCUUUGACAGAUCCGGUCGGUUAUACGAAAUCAAAUACAGUGACGGCACAUCGAUGGUGUACGCUUUCAAGGAUAUGUUCAGUAUCCUACCGUUGAAAGUCACUACGCCACGUGGAAGCGAUUAUCUUCUUCAAUAUGACGAAACGGGAGCAUUACAGUCGUUGACCACACCAAGGGGACACAUCCAUACAUUCUCUCUUCAAACUUCUCUUGGAUUUUAUAAGUAUCAAUAUUAUUCACCGAUGAACAGACAUCCUUAUGAAAUUCUUUACAACGACGACGGACAAAUUCUCGCUAAGGUAUAUCCUCAUCAAAGCGGAAAGGUUGCUUACGUCUACGAUCAUGCUGGAAAACUCGAAACCACUCUUGCUGGACUCUCUUCGAUACAUUACACUUAUCAAGAAACAACCAGUUUGGUACGCAGCAUCGAUAUUAACGAACCGAACUUCGAGAUGCGUAUUGAAUACAAGUAUCACGCCGGUAUCGUGAAGGACGAGAAGAUCAAGUUUGGCAGCAAGAGUGGCAUGGAUAACGCUCAUUACCGUUAUCAGUACGAUGGUAACGCGCGCAUAUCUGGCAUCGAAGUCGACAUCAAUGGCAAACAGCUACCUCAACUUCGUCUUAAGUACAACCAAAAUCUCGGGGUACUGGAAGGCGUCGGUGAUCUCAGGAUAUAUAGAAAUCUCUUCAACAGAUCAGUCAUGCAAGACAGCAGCAAACAAUUCUUUACAGUUACUGACUAUGACGAGCAUGGACGCGUCAAAACAGUGCUAAUGAAUAUCAGAUCGUUUGAUGUGUUCCGUAUGGAACUCGAAUAUGACAAUCGCAAUCGCAUCAAGAUGAGAAAACUCACGAUUGGAAAGGAAUCGAUGGAGAAGAAGGAGUGGUCUAGGAUGGAGAAAAUCACGUAUAACGCGGAUGGUCAUGUGCUCGAGGUAGCGGACACGGAGAACAAUUGGCAGUACGCAUACGACGAAAAUGGUAAUGUGAUCGGCGUGACGGAACAUAACGAGAAGAUUGCUUUGGGCUACGACAGCGGAGAUCGAGUUGUUCAGUACGGUGACGUUGAGUUUAAUUCGUACGAUGGACGCGGUUUCGUCGUAAUUCGCGGAGAACACAAAUACAGAUACAACUCGCGCGGCCAGCUGAUUCACGCUUCGGAACACAAGAAAUUCCAAAUCUGGUACUUCUAUGACGACCGUGGUCGACUGGUGUCCAUGAACGACGAUCGAGAGAACAUCACUCAGUUCUUCUAUGCGAAUCCAAAGACUCCGGAUUUAAUAACGCAUGUGCACUUCCCGAAAUCAUCCAAGACGUUCCGAUUCCUCUAUGAUUCAAGAGAUUUCCUGAUGACCGUAGAGACAUCAGAACAACGCUUCUACGUUGCGACAGAUCAAAACGGCUCACCUCUCGCUCUCUUCGAUACCAAUGGCAAUCUCAUCAAAGAGAUGCGGCGUACUCCCUUCGGCAAGAUCAUUAAGGAUACCAAUCCGGACUUUUAUCUGCCCAUCGAUUUCCAUGGAGGUCUCUUCGAUCCCAAUACCAAGUUGAUCUAUCUAAACAAGAGGCUCUACGAUCCGACUGUCGGUCAAUGGAUGACGCCAGCUUGGGAGCAGAUGGCCAACGAACUCACCACACCGACAGACAUUUUUAUUUAUCGCUUCCGCAAUAACGAUCCGAUCAACUUUAAGCAAAAUGUCGAGUACAUGACAGAUUUGGGAAGUUGGCUAAAACUCUACGGUUACGACAUCUCGAUGAUGCUUGGCUCCGAAUACACGAAGCAAAUGGUGUACCAGCCGAGCGCAACUGUCACAUCCCCGCAAUUGACUCCGGACUUUGGUGUGAUGUCCGGUCUACAGUGCAUCGUGAAUCGCGUGCAAGAGAAGUUCUCUGACUUGGGUUUCGUUCCUAAACCAUUGUUAAAGUUGGAACCGAAGACACGGAAUUUGCUGCCGCGAGUGGCACAUCGUCGGGCGGUCUUUGGCGAGGGUAUUCUGGUGUCGCGCGUCGGUGGUCGAGCUCUAGUGAGCGUAGUGGACGGGGUGAACAGCGUGGUGCAGGAUGUGGUGACGUCCGUCUUUAACAACUCGUACUUCUUGCCGUUGCACUUUAGCGUUCAUGAUCAAGAUGUCUUCUAUUUCGUCAAGGAUAACGCGCUGAAGAUUCGCGACGACAUGGAGGAGCUCCAUCGGCUCGGCAGUAUGUUCAACGUGUCUACACACGAGACAACGGAGCACGGCGCGGGUACGUGGAAGGAGCUGAGGCUGCACAAUCCAGACGCAGCCGUGGUGAUCAAAUAUGGAGCCGAUCCCGAGCAAGAGCGGCAUCGUAUUCUAAAGCACGCGCAUAAGCGUGCCGUCGAGAGAGCCUGGGAGAUCGAGAAGCAAUUGGUGAUGGCCGGUUUCCAAGGUAGAGGCGACUGGUCGAAGGAAGAAAAGGACGAACUCAUCAGUCGCGGUACGGUCGACGGUUACGAGGGCGUCGACAUCCAUAGCGUGCACAGGUAUCCCCAGCUCGCCGACGAUCCCGGUAACGUCGCGUUCACUCGCGACACCAAGAGGAAGAGGCGGAAGAGCGGCAACAGGCGCAACAGGACACACAGGCACGACUCGUGAUUCGAGGACACCACGACGCGAGUUCAAAGUAUCGCUUGGGACUUGAUUCGCGCGUGAAUCUGAGAAGCGAGUACGAUGGAACGGGAGAGAAAUGGAGCAGCGCGUUGAUGGAAAAUCCUGCCGCUGCGUGCCGCGAACUUGCGUUUAAACUGCCAUUUACGCGAGCGGUCGGCGAUGUCGCUCCCUUUCUCUCCUCGACCCUCCUCUCGGCCUCUCCUUCCCGCCGCGCUCGUCGUCGAGACGCGAUGAUCUACCACGAGCGACCACGGAUGCGUUCCGUAUCCGGUGCAAUCUACCCCGUCGAUGUGCCAUAAGCGCGUCCACGCGAUCGCGAUCUGUCCUAGAUUCCUAGAUCGAUCAAUCGUGCGUGCAAAGAAGGCGGGUGUGGAAAUGGAUCGCGAAGUGUCAAAAUUAAGCUAGUCGCAUUAUUUACGAAAUGAAGAAUAUAAAGCUUGUUACACAUGGUGAUUAGUUUAUAGAGAAGACAGAAAGACAGAAAGAUGAGGGAGAGGGAAGGAGAGAGAGAGGAAUGAUGAAAAUCGACGCGUGGAGGUAUGAUAGGGAUGAAGGUGCGUGCGUGAACUUUCAAAGUGCCGUCCGCGACGAAAUCCGGUAGUGUUUUCGCAAAAAGGAGGGUAGGUGGGAGUAUGGAAUGUGUCUUGGACUUUUUCGGAUCGUCGGUUGAAUAUUCGAGCCGAUGUCAUUCAACAGGGUCUACAAGACACACAUAGGCACGCACGCGGGAACGAGGUAUCUCGAGGUCGUCGCGUCGAAAUCGGAAGAUGCAGGACGAGAUGAUAAUUUUCAAUACAAAAAGAAAAAUAUAAAAGCUAACGUUUUUUGAACGUUCAGUUAUUUGACAUUUUAUUCGGGAUAUUCUCACCUCGCAUCUCCGAUUGGUACGUAUCUGCUCAAGGGUGGAUACGUCUAAACAAACUGUCCGUGGAUGUCGCCGUAGAUCGCGUCGCGAGACGUCGUAGGAAAAGCGAGAAAGAGAGAGAGAGAAUGAGAGAGAGAAAGAAAGAGAGAAAGAGAGAUUGAGAGAGAGAGAGAGAGAGAGAAAGAGACAAAGAAGAGCAGAUAUACAGCAGAUAUUUUUAACAAGGCGCAAAUUGGUGUACUAGAUGCGAAACAAGCAAUUGUAAAUAUAGCUACUCGAUCUUAAUGGUAAAUGUAGAUAAAAUAUCGUAACGCGCGAGAACGAUCGUAAACUCAAGUGGAACUGUCGAUACCGCUUUUUUAUAUGUAUACAAAGAAGGAGCAUGACACGUACACACAUAUACACGCGUGAAGGUACAGGAACUUGUGCCCCCGUGAUAUGCGCGAACGCAAGAAGUGAGUCGCAAAGUUAUAUCGGACGCGUCGCGAUUUUUUGGUAAAAAUAAAUAAAUAACAUGAGAGAUUCUAUAACGGGAGAAAAUGCGACACGAAACAUAUGGUUCACGUUAAAUCUCGAUUCAGGCCUACGCACAGGAUUAACACACAAACACACAAAUACACUAUCGCUUCAAAUCGGAUUGUCGGAUGCGUAGCAUGAUAGGCAACGUUAUCUCAUUGAUUCUGCUGGCACGUGCAAACGCGCAAUUGAAUGAGUCAAGUAUAAAUGCUGCAUCUGGAAUCGAAAUCUAUCAAGUCCAUAAAAACGCAGAAUUUAUUUUCAAAAUAUAAUCUCUUUUAAGUUUGUGGAGUUUUUUAAGAUAUCAGGUGACUGGAAUGACAUUGAUUUUUCAAUAAUAAAAUAAGGUUCAACUUAAAUAAUAGUUUAAUUUAAAUCAAAAUUAAAUAUGAAAGGUUUUAAAAAGUAAUAAGUAUUGAAACAAUUUGAUCAGAAAAAGUAAUCGAACAAAGUGACAUCAAUUUUAUCGUUAGAAUUGCUAUAUUGUCACCAUUUAUCAAUUCAAUUGUUUCAUUUGAGCUUAGAUAAAUUUCAAACUUGAUACAUUUUGAUCGUGGUUGCCUGAAGUAUAAGCGAAUCUACCGAUUUGUCGUAGACAACGUAGACAUGUGUAAAUAGUGUCGGUAUCACGUAAACGUGUAAGAACUGCUGUGGCGUGAUAUCGUCACGUAAAAAGUGACAUGACAUGACGUGACGAGACGAGCGACAGUCGUAACGGGAUGCGUCGAAGUAAUAAUGUCCAGAAGAAAAUAAUAAUAUAAUAAAAAAAUAAUAAUAUACGAUAAGUAAUAGGAAUAACAAAUAGAGUAAUAAUAACGGAGAAAACGAUAAUAUUACCAUUAUACGGAAAAUGCCCCGCCUAUCUUUCUACUAAAAAUGAAAAAUUAUUUUUUGAAUUGUGUCGUCGAAGAAGUCCUAUGUAACCGUGUGCAUGUGGGAUCGCCCUGUGAAAAAGAACCUCACCCCCCCUUCCCCCGUGCUCCGUCGAAGAGAGCAUCCCGUCAAAAAAUAGUUGGAUUAACGAAGAAUCGAUGUAUGCAGAGAGAUUCGUUUCAAGUUAUAAAUUCCUAAUCCUUAAAAUAUAGGGGAUUGGUUUUGCGAUGAUUGAAUUCUUUUCUAUAUCUUUUAAUAUAUAUUUCGAUUCCCACACACACAUCAGGAAGAAAAAUAUUAGAAAUUUUCGUGAAACGUUGAAACUUGAAAUUGUCCCUUAUACAGAAUUAAAUUCCACGCAUCAGUACUUUCUUUUCUUUUUUCCACAAAAAGAACAUCCGAUUUUUUAUAACGCAAUUUUAAAACCAAUCUCCGUAGCUUCAAACAUCGGGCAUUUCAUCGAAAUAAAUUCUUUCGAUUCAUCUUAAUUCAUCUAUCUUUUACAGGGCACAACCUUAGCCCCUCCUCUCUGUAACUGAUAUAGCUGAACUCGUCGGUGUUUAUCAAUAUUGGGUAAAUAAGGAAAAAAAAAGUAAAAAGUGUAGAAGUCUGUGGUUUGGGUCGAAUGAAGUAACCGACUAAAUAGAAAGUAAAGAAUGCAAAAAAACGGAUAUAAUGCAUAAUAUAUAAAUACAUAUAGGGGUACACGGUGGUGAGCCAACGUGCGAGCCCACGCAGCUCCACCACGUUGUGUUCCGAGUAGGCGAUAUAUAUAAUUAAAAGGGAAAAAAAUAAUAAAAAUACAUAAUCAUAACUACAAAUGUACGCAUUAGUUGACGAGUUAAACGUGAGGUUUAGCGAACGAUUUAAGGAAGUGUGCUAGUGAACCUUUACAAGUAACAUCGCUGUACAUAUCCGUUGUGUAUAGCCGACAACGCGCCACUGUCCCGCGAAAGUAGUCUUCACGUCCUCGCAUCACGAACAAUUUUUCUACCACGAAAUCGCAAGGGAUUUUAGCGACGGGGCCUCGUUAAUUUACGACACUCGGUGUUUUCAUACACGACCGUCAUAUUUUUAGUACCGCAACACAACAUUUUUCCAGAUCAAAGUUACGAGAUUUCUGGGUUGUCAGUCAUAUCUCUCUCGCAUCACCUUCAUGAAGAAACACAGAUAGAAAUCGAUAUAGAAAUCAUAUAUGUUUCAUAUAUUGUAAAAAUGACUAAAAGACACGCCGCUAGGAUUCUUGUUAUUUCGCAAAUACGUACCGUCUAAGUAUCUUGAAUUCGAUAGAUUGUUUUAUGCCUUUUUCGGAGGGGAGCCCGAGGCUGGACGAGGCAUAUCGAUCUGUGAUUCAUUCCAUAUGUCAAACCGUCUCGGCGCAGAGGCAAAAUUUUAUUUUCCUCCGUAUAAAUAGAGUAAGGUCGAGAAUUCAGUAGCUUUGACGCGGAAAAUUGCUCAGCCAUCAAAGCCUCGGGACCCAGCUUUAAAUACACAGCCUCGCCUACAUUAAGUCCUCCCAACCGUAGUUAAAUUGCUUCUCGGAGCGGUUCUCCUUAACAUUACUCUAAUCUCGAGCGAGCGAUUUUCAUUGUCACCUCACGCACCGAGACGUUGAGCUAACAUUCGAGAGACGAAAGUCACUUGCUCGGGAUUGUAAGAAUACGGCGAUAGAAAUCAUAAUCUUUUCUUUUUUUUGGUCAUCUCGGUAACUAAAAAGGGUUCAGUUUCAUCCAAUCCGACACACAAACGCGCGACCCAAGCUGAACUACGACGGAGAACAUUGUUCGAGAGCGCGUUUUAAUGUCUUUAAUAUCAUCUCCAGGAUUUUCUGUAUGUUAACCCGCGCGAGAGAAAAGAAGCGAUUUAUUUUCACCGUGAAGAAAACUGAAAAAUUCCGAAAUUUCUUGCGCGUCGUCGCCGAUUGACGAUUUAAAGCGGAUGUAUCUUUAAAGUAAUUGAACGAGGUCGCCUCUCCGACGAUGUUCCCGAGCGUCACCUUGGGUAACGGCGUGUCCCUUCGAUAUUGCGUUCUCGACGAUCUCCUCGGCUGUGACGAGCACCGAGGGGACCGCGAUCCCGUAGCGCUUGUUACUGAGUUGUUCACAUUGACACAUCGUUAUUCGACACGCGCGCAUUAUUGUAGUUUGUAGAGGCGCUCAGCAUGCGGCAGCGAUUUCCCGGCCCGUGGCGGCUGGGUGGACGCUGCGAGCGAUUUUCUAUGUGUGCUCGUCUACUUGCAAAAAAACGAUAC